GGAGGAGCACAUUAAGCUGUUGCACACGUUCAAAUUCCAACCGACUAUUUCGCGUUUAUGACGAGUCGAUGAAAGGACAAUGAUGUGCCAGCGGAGAACAUUUUAAAAUAUUUCCAAAGUUCGGGCAGUUUGUGGGCUGAAAAAUACAUUUUUACUUCCUGUCUGGACCUGCGAAUGGAGUCUCCGUUCACGUCCGACUGGAGCGGUUCUGAAGACGACCGACUGGACCGAGCUUUCCUCAUGGACCAGAUGUCGCUUGUCGUCCCAGAGACGCCCAGCCCGCUUCGAAGCAAGACCAGGCGAUCCGCACGUCUUGCAGAGGACGCGUCCAGCUCGGUGAUGACGCGGCUUUCAGCAGGGCGCGUGAAACAUUCCCACGCCACCGCCGGCACGUCCAGGCCAGCUAAACGCAGGAAGGUGGCGAGGGCGUCACCGGGACGUGGCUCUGCGGCCGUCUCUUCUCGAACGCUGUUUCCCGACGACGACUGGCUGGACACCUCCUCGUCUUCCUCGUCCUGCUCACCUUCAGCCGCGUCGUCAUCCUCCUCAUCCACCUCCUCCCCCUCCCGCGUAACGCCGGCGAUGAGACCGGCGGUCGGCACGCCGUCAAACCCAUUGUCCUUCCUGACGGCGGCGGAGAAGAGGUGGCUGAGAGGCGAGUGUGGCGAUGUCUCAACAGCGGUGGCGGAACAUGAGGCGGUCCUCAUCGACGACGACGACGACAUCCAGUUGGUUUGCGCGGCACAGAUGGAAGAAGAUGAAGCGUUUGCACGAAGCCUGCAGGCUCAGUUUGACCAAGAGGAGGCGCAGUUGCACCAGCAUCAUCAAAGGCUCCGUCCGCAGCCCCGUUCGUCGCCGCCGCCGGGCAGAGGCCGCCGUUGGAGGACCGAGGACGAUUUCUACGAGGACGACUACGAGGCUCUCCUGGCGCUGGAGGAGCAGCAAGGCGCCGUGGUGUCCAAGAAGCUCACACGAGAGCACGUCCUGCGCUUCCCCAUCAAGCGUUUCCAGUCGGGCGCCGGCAACGCCGGGUGUCAGAUCUGCUUUGGCGACUACGACGACGGCGAGCGUCUGAGGAUGCUGCCGUGUUUCCACGACUACCACGUGGCCUGCAUCGACCGCUGGCUGCAGGUGAGCUGCCGCUUGUCUUGUUUUGCGACUUGCUUUGUUAAACGGGCUCCGCCUCCCCUUUCACAUGCACCAGAAAAAGGGAAAAAAGGAUGGAUUACAAUCAUGCGGUUGCUUUCAUAUCAGGAGAAGUCACGCUAAGCAGAGGUGCUUCGGGAAAGCUAUGAACGAAAAUUGAUGUUGUUUGUCGUUGUCAGGACAACACCACCUGCCCCAUAUGUAGAGUCGACCUGGCCGACCUUUGACCUCUGCUAUCUUGAAGUCGUCUUUUCUUUCAAAGUAAAAACGAAAUCUUUCUAAAUAAAAACUCUAUUGACUUA